AAACAUAUAUAAUAGUUUAGGUUAUGGAACUCAAGAUUCGUUCUGAGAUUUGCUUCGGUAUUUGCUCCAAAGUCUCUGAAUUAGUAUAAUUAGUAUAGCAAGUAUAAAAAUGAAUUCAAUAGUAUAAUAUUAUUAUCUAAGAGAAUACAUAAUUUUAACUAAUAGAGUUUAUAAAAUCCGAAAAUGAUGUCCUUACGAUUUUUAUCAAGUUUGAGGAGAUUUCCUCCAUAUUUGAAACAAUCAGCGUUACAAGUUCACACAUCUGUCGUAUUGCUGAACUCCAAAGACUCUUCUUCAUCAUCAUCUUCGUCAGAUUCUUCAGAUUCAGAUUCAGAUAAGGAAGAACAAAAAAUCAAUAUCUUUGAUAAUAAAAUUCCUACAGAAAGUUCAAAAGAUAUUAAUGAAACAUUGAAUACAUCUGACAUUAAUGAGAGAUUGAAUAAUUUGUUGAACAAAAUAAAUGAGGCUGCUCAGAAAAAGAAACUUGCCACUUCAAAUACAAAACCAGAAAUUGAUAUUAAUAGUAUACCCAAUUUAAUUUCAAACACUAAUAAUGUAGAGGCAGUAACGACAAUGCUUAAGUCAAAGACAGCAAAAACAGAGACACCAGAUAAAGAUACUACAUUUUCAAUUAAUAAAAAAACUGUAAACUUAGCAAUUAAACCAAAAAGCAUUCGGUUCGGUCAAAUAAGCAAAGAAGAAGAAUUAAAACAGAAGCCUCACGAAUAUCAAAUAAAGCAAGCUGCCAAAGAUAUUGCAGAAUCACUAGGAGGUGAUAAACAGAAAACUGAACUAGAGCUACUGACUAAAGCGUUGAAUUUGAAUCAAGAAAGUUUAGAUAUAUUAAAAGAGGAAGGUUCUAUGGAUCUUAGUGGAUUAUUAUCAAAAAUGAAAGUUGAUACCACAAGCCCUAACAAAAGGAUAGAGAAGAAUUCUAAGAAUUUUAAAAUGGCAAAAAAUAAAUUUAAACAAUUUUCUAUAGGUGAAUCAGUGUUAUAUAAAAAAUCUAUAACAAAACCAAAAAGCCAUGCACAAUCUGGAAAAAAUGAAUUGAACACUCCUGUUCAACCAAUGGGCAUUUUGAAUGAAAUUUGCACAGAUAACAAAGAUGAAUUACAGUUACCAACUUGGAAUACUCUGGAAAAAAGAGAAAUAAGACUAGCUGAACUCACUGUUCCACAAAAUGUAUUUCAAGAACUGAUCCAGUGGACGAAUGAGGGAAAAAUAUGGCAUUUCCCUAUUGAUAAUGAGCAAGGAAUGGAAGUUGAAACAAAUGUUCACUUUUCUGAACACGUUUUUAUGGAACGUCAUUUGAAAGAUUGGUGUCCUAAGAAAGGUCCAAUCAGACAUUUUAUGGAAUUAGUGUGUACUGGUUUAUCCAAAAAUGCUUACAUGACAGUAGAAGAAAAAGUAGGUCACAUUACAUGGUAUAAAAACUACUUUGAAGAUAAAAAAGAAUUAUUACAUGAACUUGGAGUUUUAGAUAAUAAAGUACAGACAGGUCAAAAGCAAAUUGAAGCUUAAAUUAAAAAAUUUUGUAAAAAGAAUAUGUUAGAAAAUUUUGU